GGGAUCUAGAAGCGGUGCUUUAGUGUUUAACGUUACCGUCAUGGUGUUAGACUUGGAUCUUUUCAGAGUCGAUAAAGGAGGUGACCCUGAAGUUAUUCGUUCCAAUGAGAUAAAAAGAUUCAGAGGUACCAAACGUGUCGAUUUGGUACUAGAGGCAGAUGAGAAUUGGCGGAAAGCACGUUUCAGAGCUGAUCACUUAAAUAAAGUAAAAAACUUCUGCAGCAAAGCCAUUGCUAGGAAGAUUAAAGAAAACAAAGACAGUCCGGAUUUUGAGUCUAAUUUGUUUGAUGUUGUAUUCGAUCGCCUCGACUCACUUGUGGAAGCUGAUUUACAGUCCUUGAGUGUAGCACAGUUAAAGUCGUUGUCCUGUCUCAUUGACGAAGAAAUAAAGAGAAAUGCGGCUAUUGUAACUGAGUUCGAGUCUGUAAGACAGCAGCAAUUGUAUGAGAUUGGUAAUCUCCUACACCCAGAUGUACCGAUAAGCAACAAUGAGGAAGACAAUUUGGUUAUUCGAACUUUCGGAAAAAGCGAUUUUCGAAAACCUUUAUCUCAUGUCGAUUUAGUGACGAUGGUAGAUGGUUUUGACGGUGAACGUGGAAGUACAGUAGCUGGAGGUCGUGGAUAUUUCCUAAAGGGCCCGCUUGUUUUCCUGGAACAAGCAAUCAUAAACUUAGCUCUACAAAUGCUAGAUGAACGUGGUUAUACGCCACUGUACACUCCAUUUUUUAUGCGCAAGGAGGUUAUGCGAGCAGUUGCUCAGUUAAGUCAAUUUGACGAAGAGUUAUACAAAGUUACUGGCCGUCGCGAACUCACUGCCACAACCAAUCAUGAAUUACAAGCAAAUGAAAAUGAAGAGGAAGAGAAAUAUUUGAUUGCAACAUCCGAACAACCAAUCGCUGCAUUUCAUCAAGAUGAGUGGUUACCCAUUGAUCAAUUACCGAUUAAGUAUGCAGGGAUCUCGACUUGUUUCAGACAAGAAGUUGGUAGUCAUGGUCGUGAUACUCGUGGAAUAUUUCGUGUUCAUCAGUUCGAAAAAGUUGAACAGUUUUGCAUUACUAGUCCGCACGAUAAUCUGUCAUGGGAGAUGUUUGAUCAUAUGAUUUGUAACGCUGAAGCAUUUCACCAGGCUCUGAAAUUGCCUUAUCGUGUUGUUUCCAUUGUGUCGGGUGAACUAAACAAUGCUGCAUCAAUGAAGUAUGAUUUAGAAGGUUGGUUCCCUGGGUCUGGAGCUUUUAGGGAACUUGUAUCUUGUAGUAAUUGUUUGGACUAUCAAUCUCGUCGGUUAGCAAUUCGUUUCGGUCAAACAAAAAAAAUGAAUAAAAGUGUUGAAUAUGUACAUAUGCUCAAUGCAACGAUGUGUGCAACCACUCGAGUUAUUUGUGCGAUUCUAGAGAAUUAUCAAACAGAACAUGGGAUUAUUGUACCUGAUGUUUUAAAAUCAUUUAUGCCCAAAAAAUAUCAGAAAUUUAUACCGUUCAAAGGACAUGAGGAUAAAAUACCUGUCAGCAUUGAUGAUGUGCCAGAGACAAUUCACAAUUCAUCCAAUACAAAAUUUCACGAUGAAACAUCGUUCAAUGAGCUAAAUGAAAAAAUAAGUAAUUUAACUGGUGCUACAGAAUCUGGUCUCGUCAGUGCUAUUUCUCAAAUAUCUGAAGUUCAAAAACGAAUUGAAGACACAUUGAAUACACUAAGUCUAGUCACCACAAAUAAUCACGUUGACAAAGAUAUCCGUGACAAAAAAUGUGCUGUUGUUCAUCCUGUAGAAGAUAAAAAUGACGAAGUUGAAAAUAAGGAUACAAUUGAUAAUGAGUCUGUGAGUUUACAAUCAACUACUCCAGAACCAGCUGAUUCUAAGAAGAAGCGGAAGAAAAAACCAAAGAAGAAACAAUCGGAUUAGAAUUUUAUUCUAUUGUGAUGCUCAGUUAAUAUUGCAUAUUAAUGAUUUGUUGUAUUGACUCACACUUGCAUAUGAAUAUAAAUUUUGACUGUGGUGUUAUUUAAA